UUCCCUUAGUGCUGAAGCAUGAUGCGACUCUCCUCUGAAACCCCAAGAAAAUUCCUCGCCUCAACCGGUUGGCGAUGAAUUUGUCUCCAGGCAGAAAAGUCCGUGUCUCCGUGCAUAUAUCCAGCACCACCCCUCGUUUUCCAUCUUCACCGGUCGCUUGCUGUUAUCUUCAGAGAUCGCUUGGGGACUCUGAUCGUCUGACCUAUCCGCAGGGCAUUUCGAAAACCUCUCCCAUGGCUCACUACAAAGAUGACAUCAAGUAUGAAGAGGGCUUCACCUUGAAUUCACGAGGCAGCAGGCUCUUCACCUGCAAAUGGACGCCCAAGAAACAACAGCGCAAGGCUUUGAUCUUCAUCUGCCAUGGCUAUGCAGGAGAGUGCAGCAUAUCGAUGGCAGACACUGCCGCGCGACUGGUGCACGCCGGCUACGCCGUCCACGGGAUAGACCAAGAGGGCCAUGGCAAGUCCUCCGGCUCCAAAGGCUACAUAUCGAGCUUCAGCGACAUCGUCAAGGACUGCUCCGACUACUUCAAGAGCGUCUGCGAGAAGCCGGAGAACAAGACGAAGAAGAGGUUCCUCUACGGCUUCUCCAUGGGCGGCACCGUGGCGCUGCAGGUCCACAGGAAGGACUCCAUGUACUGGGACGGCGCCGUCUUGCUCGCUCCCAUGGUCAAGCUUGGUGAUGGCAUGCGGCCUCAUCCGGUGGUGGUGAGCGCUCUGAAGAUGAUCUGCGCCGUCGUGCCUAGCUGGAGAGUCAUCCCUGCUCCAGAUCAGCUCGACAAAGUCUGCAAAGAUCCCCAGUUCAAGAAAGAGAUCCGUUCCAACCCAUACAUGUACAAGGGGAACAUCGCGUUGCAGACAGGCCACGAACUCCUCGCCGUCAGCCUAGACAUUGAGAAGAACAUGCAUGAGGUCACUUUGCCAUUCUUGGUGCUGCAAGGGGAGGACGACGUGGUGGCCGAUCCUGAGGGGAGCCGGCUGCUCCACGAGCGGGCGUCGAGUAGAGACAAGACCUUGAAGUUGUACCCCGGGAUGUGGCACGUCCUCAUGGCCGAGCCUCCGGCCGACGUCGAGCGUAUCUUUGUAGACGUGAUUUCAUGGCUCAAUGAAAGGGCGGUGAGCGCCAGCAAGUGAUGAAAUGUGUAUGUAGGUGGCCUUUGUUUGAGCUUCAGCUACUGAUUUCCGGAUUCUGGACCUUUCAAAAUCAGAAACUCAAACAAACACACCAGAUUCCACUUUAGCUGGCUAGAAUCGAUUCUAAGAACUGAACUACCAAGCAAGAGAAUCUGGAAGCUGCGAUUUGGAUGAUUCCACCGAUUUUGCAGCUUUCCACAAAAGAAAACGGUUCGCUUUGAACCCUUGCCCCUAUUACAGGUCGAAAUUACAACAGAACUGCCACCACGUCCUCAUCAGAGGAACCGUCCAAGCCGUUUCCUCCAGCCCGACGGAGGACCAGAUCGGGGCAACUGCAGGCCGGUCUGGUGAGGGACGACCAGGAGAGGAGGGAAUCGCCCAGCGGCGUGACGAAUUGGGCGAUGCGUGGACUCGGAGAGCGGCGGCCGAUCGGAUCAAGAGAAGGGCGAGCGAGCAUACGCGUUCUGUGUGCACGGCUGGAGAAGAUCAGCCGAGGUGCCUGCGAACGCGUGUCUGUGUGCGCGGCUAAAGAAGAACAUCCUAUGUGCACCCGUCGCCUGCGCUGAAUGUGCACGGACGUGUACAUGUGCUGAACUAGUGAAUUAGAUGAGGCGGGCGACAUACGCGUUCCAUACUACUCAAAAUACUCAGCAGUGAGGGGCAGUAAUGACAUUUCACAACCCCUCCA